AUGAGGAAAUAUUGGAUGUCACUUAUUUCUGUCUUUGCUUUUUAUGUAUUUCCACAUUUCAUUUUUUGUUUAUCCAAUGAAGAGAUCCAACUCAAUAGCCAGUUGAUUAGCAUUAACCAACAUGUUCCUAAGGUGAAUUCUCAUAGGAUAUUUGAUAUUGAAAUUCAUGGAAUAUUAUUAUGGGCUUCAAUGGGAUUCUUGAUGCCUGCUGGAAUACUCACAAUAAGACUCUCCAACACAGAAGAGUGUAGCACAAUAAAACUCAAAAUUCUCUUUUAUCUUCAUGGAACUCUUCAGGUGCUCUCUGUGGUGUUGGCUACUGCUGGAGCUGUGCUAUCAAUAAAGAGCUUUGAAAAUUUGUUCAACAACAAUCACCAAAGAAUAGGCUUAGCACUUUAUAUUGCCAUCUAUGUCCAAUUUUUUAUGGGAUUUCGAAGGCCUAAGAGGGGAAGUAAAGGAAGAAGUGUAUGGUACUUUUUCCAUUGGCUACUUGGAACAACAAUAUGCUUGGCAGGAAUUAUCAACACUUACACAGGCUUAAAUGCUUACAAUCAAAGGACAUCUAAACCAAUAAGUCUUUGGACAAUAAUUUUUACAGCUCAAAUCUCAUUCAUGGGAUUAUUCUAUCUUUUCCAAGACAAAUGGGAAUAUAUACAAAAGCAAGGGGUCAUUCUUGACAAUAAUGAAACUAUAACACCUCAAGUGGAAAUAGUUGUUACUCAAAGUGAUGAACAGAAGAUGAUAAUGAGAACUGAGUCAGGAAGGAAAAGCAAUGCACUUGGGACUUUCUUUUCUAGAAAUAAUGUCCUAAACAAAUUAUUGGACACAAAAGCAACAUCAUGGGUAGGAGCAGAUGGGAAAGUAUACCAUAGUCAUGAUGGGUUGGCUCCUCACUCUCAUGAACCUAUUUAUUCACCUGGCUACUUUAGCAGAAGGGCACCUCCACUUAUUGACAGGAAUUUCAGUGAAAGAGCCUUUACUAUUGGAAUUGGCGGCCCUGUUGGUACUGGGAAAACAGCUCUAAUGCUGGCAUUAUGUAAAGUCUUGAGGGACAAAUACAGUCUUGCAGCAGUAACAAAUGAUAUAUUCACGAAAGAAGAUGGAGAGUUCUUAAUAAAACAUGGUGCAUUGCCGGAGGAAAGGAUUCGAGCUGUGGAGACAGGAGGAUGCCCACAUGCUGCUAUUAGGGAAGAUAUAAGCAUUAACCUUGGACCUCUUGAGGAGCUUUCUAAUUUGUACAAAGCAGAUAUACUACUCUGUGAAUCUGGUGGAGACAACCUAGCUGCCAACUUCAGUAGGGAACUUGCUGACUACAUAAUCUACAUAAUAGAUGUAUCAGCGGGUGACAAAAUUCCUCGAAAAGGAGGCCCCGGAAUUACGCAAGCAGAUCUCCUUGUGAUAAAUAAGACCGACUUGGCAGCAGCUGUGGGAGCAGAUUUGUCCGUCAUGGAGCGUGAUGCACUUCGGAUGCGGGAUGGUGGCCCUUUUGUUUUUGCUCAGCGAGAAGAAGCGAAGGAACAACUCGAACCAUCAAAAACCAAUACAGGUGUGUGUGAAUUUGUGCAGAGCAAGAAAUCAAUGGCGGAGGGAGGGGAGAAGAAGGAGAAGAAGAGGGUUGUGGUGGAGUCGUUAGGAUGGCUAACGGAAUCCACCAUCAUGCCCAAAAAGAUCCGACCUAUUGAAGGCGUCGGUGCUUCUUCCAUCCUUGAGCUUAAAGCCCAAUUAUACAAAUCUCAAGAAGAGGCCAAACGCGUCGCCAAAGAGACCGUCCACCCUUCUGCUGCUGACCCGAAUUAUUCCCAUCUAGAGAUCCAUCGUGCCAAGAAGAAGAUAACUGCCAAGAACGUUUUUUCGUCUAAGAAUCAUGGGGUUGAUGCCAGAGAGGCCAAGGACAAGCUUGAGAUGAAAGCAAUCAAGGACGGUUCUGUAAGCUAUGCUGCCUUAGAACGAAAGGCUAAGUUAUAUGAUAAGCUGGUGAGGGGUGAGCUUUCUGAUGGGGAGGAGGAAGAGAAGUACUGUGUUGAUUUCUUUCGGAAGGGCCAGGAGCAGGAAGACUCUGAGCAGCCUCAACGGCAUGACAUUUCUAACACAGAACCAAGAGAUGAAGAUGGAGAUGAUGAUGCCUCCCUACUAUCAGACACAAAAGCUGCAGGACUUGGCCAAGCUGGCACAUUCGACCGAAGUGAACAUAAGCGCUUUGUAAUGGAAGUUCAUAAAGAAGCAAGUCAAGCAAGGGAAAAAGCAUCAGAACUCAAGCUACGUAGGCAAGAACAAGUUGCAGCACGUCGAGAAAAACUAAAGCAGGCUUAUCUCCGCAAGCAGAUUGUGAAAUUGAAGGCUUCCAAGACAGAGCAAACAUAGACCAGAGGAGGUGUUUUUGAGGCUGGAAGUUUGAAUCUGUACUUCAUUUGAACAAUGCCCUGAGGAUAGCGAAUCCAAGCAUCAGCUAUGGUAACUUAAUGGCGGGAUGCAUCUAGCACCUUGAAUUUGUGGACUUUCUUAGAAGAAACCAAGUAGUUCAAGUUCCAGUGCAGCUUUAUCAAUGAUUAGAAAGCUCAAUCGUUAUAGAGAAUGCUCCAAUGUUAACUCAAAUUGC